UGCGUGAAAGCGAACGGACUUGAUUAGUGAGUGAAACUGUUUUUUUGUGUGUGUGUGAGGAGGCCUGCUUCAUAUCAGUCAUGAGCUCCAGCCUUGUCAACUCUUUAGCCAAAGUCUAUGACCGAAAUCCUCUUCAUGGCCAGAAGACUGGCGGAAGGAAGCUCUCACUUAAUGGAUCGGACAAGUCCCAGGCCUCUUCACCGUCGCCCUCCUCCACUCCCGAUGCCGCCCUGCGCUGCGUGGAGAGCCGAAUGGACUCACUGAGCUCUCAGAUGGAGCGCUUGCUCAGCAUGCAGCAGACCGUCUUGACCCGGCUGGAUGGCCUGUCCCUGGACGUCAGGGGCAUGGGUCGGGACCUGGCAUCGAUGCACCAAGAGGGCCACGGAGGGAGACGCGGGUCCGGGGUUCAGGCGGCGUGCAGGGAUCUGCACGGGGCCGUUGAGAGGGCCGGUGAGCAGAUGGAGAGUCAGGGAUGCAGACUGGAUGCGGUGGAGAGGCUUUCUGAGGGCACCCAGCAGGUGAUCAGCUUCAUUGGGGAGGUAGUGAAGAGCUCCAGGCUGGUGGAGCUGCUGUUCAAACAGCCUGGAAAGAAGGCGAACAAGAAGGCAAAGGAUGACAAGGAUAAAACCAAACUGAGCCUGAAGGGCUUGAAGGCCCAGAAGAAGAGGAGACCUGUGGAGGCGUCAGACGCUUCUGUGCAGAAUGAGCCUGUGCUGCAGGAGCAGGUGGAAAAGCUCAACAGGCAGAACACUGAGCAUUCCCACGGAAGGGCCGAGGCUGACAAUCAGAAGGGGGAGGAGGAGAGGGGAAGUGGGGGAAGAAGACAGGAGUCGGCGGAGCUGAUCCUGGUCGGACCGCACACCACUGCCGCCCAGUCAGAGGACAGGACGAAGGCAACCAAGGAGACAGAGGAGGAAGCGGAGGGGGGGGUCUUUGAUGACUCAGAGUCAGAGGAGGAAAAGGCGGAAGAGGGGGCUGGAAAAGUGGAGGAUGAUGGGAAGACAGAGCAUAAAGGGGAGACAGAAGGGUCGUCAAAAUCGGAAAAGGCCCCAAGUAUCAUCGCAGAUAUCUGCAAGACCUCUCUCCUGCCACAGGAGAGCUCUGAAGAAGCCGGCGAUGUGGCCACUUGCAGCAAACGUCGUGUCACAGAAGAGGACCCGGUGAAGGACGACCUCAAAAAAAGCAGAGUAGAAGACAAUGGAGUGGAAAGUGCCGACGGGCAGGUGGUCGAGGAGGACGAGCCUCGGGCUUCCAAAUCUGAGGAAGUAAAGACGGAGGUGGAGGAGGAGGAGGAGAAGGAGGAAGAGUCAGCUGUGAAGGAAUUUAUUAUUGAGUCAAGUCCUCCACCGUUAGCACCUUUCGACCACCGCAUCGUGACUCCCAAACCCCAUCAGAUAGCCACCUAUUACACCAUCAACAGAGACGAGGUCCUGGGAGGGGGACGUUUUGGACAAGUCCACAAGUGCAUAGAAAACUCAACUGGUUUAUUGUUGGCUGCCAAGAUCAUCAAAGCCAGGAGCCAGAAAGAGAAGGACGUGGUGAGGAAUGAGAUCCAGGUGAUGAACCAGCUGAACCACCCCAACCUCAUCCAGCUUUACGCCGCCUUUGAGUCGCGCCAUGACAUCAUCCUGGUCAUGGAAUAUGUGGAGGGAGGGGAGCUGUUUGACCGCAUCAUUGAUGAGAACUACAACCUGACGGAGCUGGACACGGUGCUGUUCAUACGCCAGAUCUGUGAAGGGCUGCAGUACAUGCAUAAGAUGUACAUCCUACAUCUGGACCUCAAGCCUGAGAACAUUCUGUGUGUCAGCAGAGCUACUAACAAGAUUAAAAUCAUUGACUUUGGCCUGGCCAGGAGGUAUAAACCCAGAGAGAAGCUGAGGGUCAACUUUGGAACACCUGAAUUCUUAGCCCCCGAGGUCAUCAACUAUGAGUUUGUUUCAUUCCCCACUGACAUGUGGAGCCUUGGCGUCAUCACUUACAUGCUGCUCAGUGGCUUGUCUCCGUUUCUGGGGGACGAUGACAACGAGACGUUGAACAACAUCCUGGCCUGCCAGUGGAACUUUGAGGAGGAGGAGUUUACGGACAUCUCCGACGAGGCAAAAGACUUCAUCACCCUUCUGCUGGUAAAGAGCAAGAGCUGGAGGAUGGGUGCCGCAGAGUCCCUUAGGCACCCCUGGCUGUCAGACCGGAGUCUGCACUAUCGACUGAAUCAGAAGAAAAACAAGUGCCACUCCACACAUGCUUCUUCUCCAGAGAGCCAGACAGAAACACUGUGAGGCCCUCAGCAUGCCUUUUGACAAUGUCGGGCCCCGGAGCUCAACACUGGACCAAUGCUGCUGUACCUGUCUGGCUACUGGAUAACUACUCUCGCAUCCUCAUGUUAGCUUAGCUUCGCAGCUUGUAGUUCUGACCUGAGUAGUGGAUCAGACUUUUUCAACGCUGCCAUUCAGUCACAAACCAUCUGAUA